GGGGCCUGUUGCACAAAAGUAGAAUUAAGACAUCCGGGAUAAAUGACUCAGCUGAGCUCAAUGAAGCCAAAACAUGUGCGUCCAGGCUUAAUUGGUUGCACAAAGACCAAGCCAGGAUGAGCAGACACGGAUUCAUUAAGCCAGGUGAAACCAAUCCUGGAUAGGUGCGUGCUCACGGCUCACUCAAAUAGACCCCGCCACAGAUCACAGAUUAACUGAUUUACCAUGGCAACUAGAGCCGCGUACUUUUCCCCGUCGGAAGCACAAAUCCUCAUGGAGGCAUACGAGGAGGUAAAAGAUAUAAUUAAGAAGAAAGGCAACACCGCCACAGUGAUAAAGCAAAGAGAAAAAGCGUGGCAAAGUAUUGCAGACCGCCUGAAUGCAUUAAACAUGAACGGGCCAAAACGGACAUGGCAGCAGGUCAAAAUCAAAUACAAGAACAUUCUGCAGAAUGCAGUGAAAAAGAAUACCCACAGACAAGGCACGGGUGGUGGGUCACCAAAGGCUGACCUUACCCCAGCAGAGGACAUGGCCUUGGAGCUAAAUAAAGGCAGGCCCGUCUUAGAGGGGAUCCCUGGGGGAAAGAGACGAGCAUAGGUUCCUCCCAAGAUGCCACCCGCUUCAUUCAAGUGCCUGGCAGCACUGUGUUCCUGUUAGAGCCACCAGCACAAGCACCAGACGAUGCUGAUCCAGGUGAAGGCCCCAGUGCAGCAGCAACAGCACAUGAUGGAGACGAUGAUGAGGAGGAGACCAUCUCUCUGGAUUCCAGAAGGCAUGAGGACCCAGAUGCUAUACAGUGGGAAAACCAGCCUGGCAACAUAGUGCGUAUUAAUAAAAGGACACCACAUCCUGCCAAAUUCCAGCUGCGCUAAUUGUAUUGUGUUCACAGAGCUCACAAGCUAUCAGAAAGUUGUAUGGCAACCACCUCCGGCGCCAAAUAGAACUGGCAGACAUAGACAUUCAGUACAAGAAGAAAAAGAUGGAAAAUCUUGCACUGGAGUCCGAAAUAAAAAGAGGACAAUUAGGAAACUGGACCUUGAAAUAAAAAAACUUGAGAGGGAGCUCCAAGAAGAUGACACAGCUCAAAAUAAAAAUUAGCAAUCAGUACAACCAAGUCAUCGUUAUAAGGCAUCGCCCUCUUUUGCCCACCCCCCAGCACCAGGUGUGGCCACUAGCCUAUAUGAAGGCCCAAAAUUGUGUGUUCCUUUCUGCUCUGACAAUGGCAUGCCCAUUCGUGCGAGAUGUGGUGGAUGAAGAAGCACUUGUGCUGAGGAGAGCCUUCAGGCGAGAAAGGGUCUUCAGGGACCGGUUGGACCCACUGGCCUUCCCUGAUGACCAUCUAUAUGAAAGAUACAGGCUUUCUGCAGAUGGCAUCAGGUAUCUAUGCAGACUACUGGGUCCCAGGAUUAAGCACCGCACUGCACGGAGCCAUGCACUGAGUGUGGAGCAAAUGGUUUGUGUGGCCUUGCGCUUUUUGCUAGUGGAGCCUUCCUGUACUCAGUGGGGGAUGCAGAACAGCUGAACAAGGCCACAAUUUGCCGCACAAUAAGGAGUGUGUGUCUGGCUAUCAAAGCAUUAGCAGAUGUCUUCAUCUCCUUCCCUGGCCACAGAAGACUCUGUGACAUCAAAGAGGAGUUCUAUAGGAUUGCAGGUUUCCCCAAUGUCAUUGGUGCAGUGGACUGCACACACAUAAGGAUAAAAGCCCCUCAGGUGCCCAUGAGGCCGAUUUUUGUGAAUAGGAAAUCCUUUCACAGCAUUAAUGUUCAGAUGGUCUGCAAUGCUGACUGUGUGAUCAGCAAUGUUGUGGCAAAAUGGCCUGGCUCAGUCCAUGACUCCAGAAUCUUUCGGGCCUCUGAAAUCUAUCAGUGCCUAUCACAAGGUGAAUUCUCUGGUGUGUUGCUGGGAGACAGGGGGUAUGGCUGCCAGCCUUUUCUCCUGACACCUUUCACAGACCCCCAGGAAGCACAGCAGGCCUACAACCAUGCCCAUGCCAGGACCAGGGCCAGAGUUGAAAUGACCUUUGGCCUCCUGAAGGCACGCUUUCACUGCCUUCACAAAUUAAGGGUCAGCCCUGUUAGGGCAUGUGAUAUUACUGUGGCUUGUGCUGUCCUCCACAAUGUGGCCUGCCUGAGGAAGGAGAGGGCCCCCAGAGUGCCACCAGCCAUGGACUGGGACAAUCCGGCAAUCUUCCCUGAUGACGACAGUGGUCGGCUGCUGAGGGACCAAUAUGUGUUGAAUUAUUUUAGUUAGUAUGUGUGCUUUCAAUUUUGGUUAAAUAUGUCCUGCGGUGGCAGAGGAAUUUGGG